CAGACAUCCGCCUGUCUUGGCAGUCAUGAGGCCUUCCUGGUAUCCCCUGCACACACCCUCCCUGGCUUAUCCACUCCUCUUCCUCCUCCUCUCCCUCCUGGGAGGAGGGGCGGGGGCUGAGGGCCGGAAAGACCCACAGCUGCUGGUGAAGGUCCGCGGGGGCCAGCUGAGGGGCGUCCGCCUGAAUGCCCCUGGGGGCCCGGUCUCAGCCUUUUUGGGCAUCCCGUUUGCAGAGCCGCCUGUGGGCUCACGUAGGUUUAUGCCACCAGAGCCCAAGCGGCCCUGGUCAGGAGUGUUGGAUGCUACCACCUUCCAAAAUGUCUGCUACCAAUACGUGGACACCCUGUACCCUGGGUUUGAGGGUACCGAGAUGUGGAACCCCAACCGAGAGCUGAGUGAAGACUGCCUGUAUCUUAAUGUGUGGACACCAUACCCCAGGCCGGCUUCUCCCGCGCCCGUCCUCGUCUGGAUCUAUGGGGGCGGCUUCUACAGUGGAGCAUCCUCCUUGGACGUGUAUGACGGCCGUUUCUUGGCCCAGGUUGAGGGGACCGUAUUGGUGUCUAUGAACUACCGAGUAGGAACCUUUGGCUUCUUGGCCCUGCCGGGCAGCAGAGAAGCCCCUGGCAAUGUAGGCCUGCUGGAUCAACGGCUUGCCUUGCAGUGGGUGCAAGAAAAUAUUGCAGCCUUUGGGGGAAACCCAAUGUCGGUGACGCUGUUUGGGGAGAGUGCAGGCGCGGCCUCGGUGGGCAUGCACAUUCUGUCCCUGCCCAGUCGGAGCCUCUUCCACAGGGCUGUCCUGCAGAGCGGUACACCCAACGGGCCCUGGGCCACGGUGGGCGCGGGAGAGGCCAGGCGCAGGGCCACACUGCUGGCCCGCCUCGUGGGCUGUCCCCCAGGUGGCGCUGGAGGCAAUGACACCGAGCUGAUAGCCUGCCUGCGGACGCGGCCCGCCCAGGACCUGGUGGACCACGAGUGGCACGUGCUGCCUCAGGAGAGCAUCUUCAGGUUUUCCUUCGUGCCUGUGGUGGACGGGGACUUCCUCAGUGACACGCCAGAGGCCCUCAUCAAUGCUGGAGAUUUUCAAGACCUGCAGGUGCUGGUGGGUGUGGUGAAGGACGAGGGCUCCUACUUUCUGGUUUACGGGGUCCCAGGCUUCAGCAAAGACAAUGAGUCUCUCAUCAGCCGGGCCCAGUUCCUGUCUGGGGUGCGGAUGGGUGUACCCCAAGCAAGCGACCUGGCGGCCGAGGCUGUGGUCCUACAUUAUACAGACUGGCUGCACCCUGAGGACCCUGCCCACCUGAGGGACGCCAUGAGUGCAGUGGUAGGCGACCACAACGUUGUGUGUCCCGUGGCCCAACUGGCUGGGCGGCUGGCUGCCCAGGGGGCCCGGGUCUAUGCCUACGUCUUCGAACACCGUGCCUCCACACUGACUUGGCCCCUCUGGAUGGGGGUGCCCCAUGGCUAUGAAAUCGAGUUCAUCUUUGGGCUCCCCCUGGACCCCUCCCUGAACUACACCACGGAGGAGAGAAUCUUUGCUCAGCGACUUAUGAAAUACUGGACCAAUUUUGCCCGCACAGGGGACCCCAAUGACCCUCGAGACUCCAAGUCCCCACAGUGGCCACCGUACACCACUGGAGCGCAGCAAUAUGUGAGCCUGAACCUGAAGCCGUUAGAGGUGCGGCGGGGGCUGCGCGCCCAGACCUGCGCCUUCUGGAACCGCUUUCUCCCCAAAUUGCUCAGCGCCACCGCCGCGGAGGCUCCCAGCACCUGCCCAAGCCCCGCCCAUGGGGAGGCUGCCCCCGGGCCCCGGCCCGACUUAGCCCUGUCCCUUUCCCUUCUCUCCCUUUUCCUUCUCCACUCCCGGCUUCCGCGGCUGUGACUGCAGCCUCCCCCGCUCUGGCCGCUAAGGACUCUUACUCUAGUGUGGCUGGGAGGAAGGAGGGGCCCCUCAGGGACACAGCGCCCCACUCCCUUCUCAAGCUGAGACAGCUGGACAGACUCAGGGAUCGACACACCUUUGAUUAAGCGAAAACUCAAAAACCAGUUUUCCUUUUUAAUGUAACAUUAUCAUUUGGAAAUGAGCCUGAUGUUGAGGGGAGGACGACCCGGGCUAGACGGCGCCAGCCUAUGGGGCUGACAACCGCCAACCGUUUCUGUCUUCUUCUCUUUCCCCACCAACCCCGACCCGCUUCCCCCUGACCGUCCCCUCCCUCCCCUCCUCCGCUCCUCUCCUCCUCGCUCCUGCCUGCCGCCCUCCUCCACCCGCUCUCUCCACCGCUCCAUCCAUUCGGCCCUCCCCGCUGCGCGGCCUCCUCCUGCACCCGCUG